AUGCCCUUGCUACAAGAAAUAAGCGCUCCGAAAAGAGUUCCAGAUAUCCUCAAUGGUCGUGACAUUAAAGUGGAACCGGAAGACUCAAUUAAAUCAGUUUUUCCUCCAGUGAGCUACCCAGCUUUCAGUAACGCAUCAAUGUUUACUCCAUCGCAGCUCAUUAUGGCUAGCCAACUGAUGGCAGCUUCAGGACUAUCCAACCUAAAUCCAGCUUUUUUUCAUCCCAGCAUGCUUCCAUUAGCUUGGCCAGGGAAUUCUCCUCCGUCUCCGCCGACUAGUAAUGAGCAGCUUUCUCCUGCCCAAAAAGUACGCAAAAUCAGUCAUAAUAACAACAAUAAUAUAGUCACCAGUAGUACUGUUAUGGAAUCGAGAAAAAAAAAAUGGAAAAGUAAUGACGAUGACAAUACCUCUCUUCCGCUAGGUUCUCCUACCAGUAGUAUAUCGCCACCAUCUGGAAAUGACUCCAAAGAAGCUAACAGGGAUAAGCAGUUUACAUGCGGUGUGUGCAAUAGAUCUUUUGGUUAUAAACAUGUGCUUCAAAAUCAUGAAAGAACUCAUACAGGAGAGAAACCUUUUGAAUGUCCGGAAUGCCACAAAAGAUUUACUAGAGAUCAUCAUUUAAAAACGCAUAUGCGACUACACACGGGAGAACGACCUUAUCAUUGCGAACAUUGCGAUAGGCAGUUUGUACAAGUGGCAAAUUUAAGAAGACAUCUUCGAGUUCAUACUGGAGAACGUCCAUAUACCUGUGAACAUUGUUCAGCAAAAUUUUCUGACUCAAACCAAUUGAAAGCUCAUAUUUUAAUCCACACCAACGAAAAGCCAUUUUCUUGCGAAAGGUGCCACAGUCGUUUUAGAAGAAGGCACCAUUUGAUGCACCACAAAUGUGGAGUGCCCAUAACAGAGCAACCAAUUACUCCAGAACCUGAAGAAUCUUUUACCCCAGAACCAGAAGAUCUUAGCAGCAGCAGCAAACCAAGAAUUCUCCAUCCACCUAUAACGCCAUUUAUCAGUUUACCACUGCAAGUGCAUUUACCAGAACAAACCGAACCGGAAGAUCUAAGCAUGAGCACAGGCAUGACUUCGAAUAGUAGCGGAAUUGGUUCUCCGUUAUCCAGAAGCCCUAGCUGUAAGGAAGAAUGCGAAGAUGAUGAUUAUAGACAAGAACAAAUGGGUUUGUAUAUGAAACGACCUUUAACGUCUAAGGUAAGAGAGGAAGAACUCCUUCAGAAAAAUUCCUGGUCAACAAGCACGGACUAUGAGAAUAGCAACAGGAACAUUCAAGGAAUAGCCACCAAAACAAAUGAAGUCUUCAGAGAACUGGAAAAAUAUCACAUCGAUAUAGCAGCCCUGACAGAAACCAAGAAGAAGCAGGGGGAAAGGAACGGAAAACAAGCACCAUUCACCAUUCACCAAGCAAAUAUUCAGAUGUGCAGCGGCGUACCUAAGGACCAAAGAGGCCAAGGUCAAGAAAAAGUAUGA